GAGGACAUGGGCCCUUAAUAAUUAAAACAAGAUGGACCCCCGCGAGAGGAGUGGUUGUGUGCGACGUAAGACUGAAAAGGUGUUGUUAACUCCUCAGCUCUCAUAUACUUUGAACUUUCUUCAAUAUCAUCCAAUACAAUGGACUCAAGAGAGCAUAUCAUCGCGGUCCCGAAAUGGACCUUGGCACUUCGCAUCGUGUCCCUCGUCCUCGCAGUCAUUAUUCUCGGUCUGAACGCCUAUGGCAUCCGGUGGUGGGCUUUUGACAAGCUCAUCUUCUCUCUCGUCGUUUGUCUUUGCACAAUUGGUGUAGUGGUCUACAUGGUAGUGGCUACGCUCGCAAUUCCGAAAGCCUACAAUAUGUGGGCUUUCCUUGCACUCGACAUCUGGAUGGUUAUCUUCUGGCUCAUUCAAUUCGCUCUCGUUGCUAGCCUUGCAGCUGCCUUCGCAGACGCUACGUCGUGGGCCUAUAGCUAUGGCUACAGCUACUACUGGAAGCGGGGCGACCUUAGCAAGCGUGACACUACGACAUAUGGCGCGUACUACGGUGCUCUCGUUGCCGGAGCGGUUUUCGGAGCCUUUAAUUUUAUUCUCUUCGUAGUGAACCUGAUCAUCUUCAGCAUCCAUCUUCAUAAACACCGCCUCUCCGGUGCGCCAUCUACAGCACCUCCUGGUUACAACGGUAACGCAGCCGUACCUAUUGAGAAGUACGAAAACGACGCCCAGCCAUACCAGUUACAGCCCCAGCAAAUGCCACAGCAUCCCCAGCCAGUUGCCCAACCUCAGUACGGUCAUCCCCAGUAUGCCCAACCACAACAUCCUACACCUCCGCAAUUUACCACUCCGUAUACCCAGGGCGCAGACCCAGUAAGCAGGCAGGAAGCUAUCAGCCCGAUUUCUAAUUCGGGCCAUCCUGUGAAUGCGUCGGAGCUAUCCACCCCUCAGCACACAGGAGGAAAUCCAAAUGUGGUGGAACUAUCGAGCCCACAACAUACAGGCAACCCUAAUGCAGUGGAGUUGGGUCCGGGUGGCUACAAAUGAGCUUCUGAAAGUUGUACGCUGGGAGUAGGAUUCAAUAAGUCGUAACAUGAGCCAAUCACUCAAUUUUGAAGAACUCGAUUUCCUUGGCUCGGUCCUUUGUAUCACACGUAAUUGAGCACCAAUCAUACAUUUUAUGAUCUCCCUGACUUGGUAAUCUAAACAAUCCGACUGGGAUCCUCAGCUCUUCCUCCCUCGUCCGCAGAAGUCACUUUGCCCAUAUGAUGCGUCCUCGCCUGCCCACCCAAUUCCCUCUCUUCCAUCCUCCUGACCAACUCCAAAUCCCCCAACUCUUCCUCCCUCGCCAUCGGUCUCCCAGCACUAACUAACCAAUCCUCCCCUCUCCUAUCA